AUUAUCAACAACCUUACUCUGAGCAGCGAUUUGAAAAUAAACAAAGUAUUUCCGAUAAAUAAAAGUUUCCAACUGACAAAGAAUUCCAAGAGUUCCAUAACGCAGCAACAGUUUGAUUUGUCAGCAGAUGACGAAAGGCCAAUCAAAUAUUAUUAUCACUCAAAUAUUAUGCACUCUCAGAGGCUUGAUGACUAUCGUGAAAUUGGUGAAGGGAACAAGGAGCUAAAGAAGCGUGAAAGUCAAUAUAUCGUCUACAGAGAUAUUACCAUUUAUUGUGCCACCUGGAAUGUGAACAAUCGACCAUGUUGGGAGAACACCAGCUCACUGCAACCUUGGCUGGCACGAGGCGAAAAUGCACCACAUAUUUAUGCCAUUGGAUUGCAGGAGUUUGAAACAAUUACCAAAAUCAUGAUGCUCAAUAGCAAUCAACUGCAAAUGUACACCUCACAGUGGAUACGCAAAAUGAUAGCGAAUCUGCAUACUGAGAAUGGCAUUGAUUACGAGGAGUUGAAGACGGUUCGUUUGUCUGGCAUCAUAUUAGCCAUCAUUGUGCGCAAGGAGCUGCGGCGAAACAUUCUCCGUUGUCGCAUCCACAAGGUGCCAUGUGGAUUCUUGAAUGCAGUCGGCAACAAGGGCGGCGUUGGUGUCAGUUUGAAAUUGAAUGAGGCAAAUCUAUGCUUCAUUAACUCACAUCUGCCCGCGCAUAUGGAGAAUAUUACGGCGCGCAACGAAGACUACGGAAUUAUUGAGAAUGAGAUGCGAUUCGAGGAAGAGGGUCGACCAUUUCGCACUAUCAGCGAUCAUGACCACAUAUUCUGGUUGGGAGAUCUCAACUAUCGCAUACAGGAGCCGCCUGGAUAUCAGCGCCCGGGGCCGAUGAGUGAUGCGUCAACCUUUGAGGAACUCUUGCAAUACGAUCAGUUGCGCAAUGAGAUGCGACAUGACCGAUGCUUCAGGGGCUACAUGGAGGGUGAUAUCAAAUUUGCACCCACAUAUAAAUACGAUGUGGAUACCGAUACGUAUGACACGUCCGAAAAGCAACGAGCUCCAGCAUAUUGUGAUCGCGUAUUGUGGAAGGGUAAACGCAUAGAACAGUUGGACUACAACAGCGUCAUGGAGAUAAGACAGAGCGAUCAUAAGCCCGUCUAUGCCAUAUUUCAAGUGCAGAUUAAGACACGCGACGAGGCCAAAUACAAACGAGUACAGGAGGAGGUGCUCAAGGCGGUGGAUAAGCGUGAGAAUGACAAUCAACCCCAGAUUCUUGCAUCAAAGACCGUUAUUGAUUUCGGUCUCGUACGCUUCAAUGAGCUCUCCAUGCGUGACUUUAAUGUCUACAACAAUUGCUCGCAACAGGUAGACUUUAAGUUUAAAGCGUGGGAUGCGCAAAUUAAUGACAUUUGCGAGAAAUGGCUGCGAGUGGAUCCAUGCUCCGAUAGUCUAAUGAUUGACUCGGAACGCAGCAUACGGCUAUGCAUGUUGGUCGAUCCAAAUUCCAUAGCGGGACUGCUGCGAAAGAUAUGUAAGACCAGGGGCAAAUGCGAUUUUGAUAUACUCAUCUUGCAUGUAGAGUCGGGACACGACAUUUUCAUCACUGUGACUGGCGAAUAUCAACCGAGUUGCUUUGGCCUCUCCAUGGAGACAAUGUGCCGCACGAAUCGACCUAUUUGCGAAUACAAGCAGGAGGAAAUCAAGGAACUGAUGAAUGAGGUGUCGCCUGAAUAUCGUGUGAAGAUGUCUCGGGAAUUCUUUCUACUCAUCGAUUAUCUGCACAAGCAAGGAGAUCGAUUGCGCGGCAUAUUCCAAAGUUACGAUCGCCGGAAGGCACUUAGUGCAAAGUUUAAUGAUGUACGCGAUUGGCUCGACACUUGGUCCGAGGCUGAGUUUCCUGGAACACCAGAAACAGCCGCCGAGGCUUUGCUGUUGCUGCUCGAUUUGCCCGAUCAAGCGCUGUUGGAGCCAUUUGUAGAAGAUCUACUAAUCAGUAAGAGCAAAUCAGAGGCCAUGAAGCUGAUAGCGUUGCUCAGUCCGCCGAACAGUAAUAUCUUUAUGCAUCUCUGCAAGUUUCUGCGCGAGGGAAUUGAGCGUCACUAUUACGAGCUAUCUAAUGUUGCUUCGAUAUUCGGACGAAUUCUAUUGCGCAGCAGCGAAUACGCUAUGACGAUAGAUUAUGCGAAUCGUUGCAGUGAGUUUAUGCGGCGCUUUAUCUAGAUCGAAACAUCUGGUGCAAUCGUGGGUGGCAAUGGACAUGGAGGUGCAACCGGACCCAGUUUGCAGACAUAGUCGUUGACUCGAUCGGCCUAGACGUAAAAGAAAUUACAUUAUAUACCGACCAUGGAUGUAAAUAAGUUAUUUAUUUAUUUUAAUUGUAAUUUGGAAUGUAUUUGCCUAUUUGUUCGACGCUUUACUUGUUAAAUGUUUAUGCCCCUUACUAACAACAACUACAUUCAUCAUCGAUCACCAUAUUAUGUAUUAUUAUAAUAUGGCUUGCAGACUAAAUAGGGCAUAAAACAAAAACAGAAAACUUAAAAAAAAAAAAAUGCAAAUAUCGCACCCAUACUUAAUGGGAUAUGUGCUGUACAUACAAUAUACGAAAUGAUAUUUGCUGUUGUUGAUUUGUUGAUUCCAAUUUAUUCGACUAAAUAACACUUGGCUUUAACUAAAUGUUCUUACUAUACAUAUUUAAUUGUAUGCAUUUGUUGUUAUUUUUUUUUUGUGUUGUCGAUUAUUUAGUUAAUAAGUCCAGCAUCUUUAAGAAGUGUAUUAAACAUCACACAUUUAUUGCAGUUAAACUACCAGCGAAUCAAUAAGAAGUUUCCUUGUCAGCAGGGCUAUCAAUUUAAUAACAUAAUUACAUAUAUUAUAAUAUAGUUGGGGCUAUACGGAGAUUAACACACUCUAUCACUUUCUUUUUCGCCAUCUAUCUCCCUCUAUCUCACGGUUUUACAAUCAAAAGACACUGCAAUAUUUUAUUAUGGAUUAAUCUGAUCGAUCCGAUCCACAACACGCGCCCAGAACAUACAUAUGUAUGUAUGUACUAUAAAUAUCCGUCAAAAU